AUGAAGGCCUCCCCUAUCAUCGUCAACUGGCACUCCGAGACUGCUCCUAUCUACUCGGCAGACUUCCAGCCCAGCGGAAAAGGUCGUUUGGCCACGGGUGGAGGAGACAACAACGUUCGGCUAUGGGGGCUAGAAUCAGAUGGAGAAGAAACAAAGGUCGAGUAUCUAUGUACCAUGGCUAAACACACUCAGGCCGUUAAUGUAGUGCGAUGGGCUCCGAAAGGUGAUAUUCUUGCCUCCGCUAGUGAUGAUGGAAAUGUUAUCACUUGGAUCUUGGACACAAGAUUAUCUAGACCAGCAUUCGGUGAAGAAGGCAUUGAGGACAAGGAAUGCUGGAGAACCAAAACUAUGGUCAGAACAUUAGGAGGCUCUGAAGUCUAUGAUUUAGCUUGGUCACCCGAUGGGUUAUACUUUCUAACUGGUAGUAUGGACAAUGUAGCUAGAAUCUACAAUGCACAAACCGGUCAUAUCGUGCGACAAAUUGCCGAACAUCAACACUACGUUCAAGGUGUUGCAUGGGAUCCACUCAAUGAGUAUAUUGCAACGCAAUCUUCAGAUCGAUCCGUCCAUAUUUACACCCUCAAAACGAAAGAAGGUUCCUACACUCUAGACAGUCGUGAUGAUCCGGAUAAAGGCCUUGGAAAAGUUGGUAUCAAUUUAAAGAUGGACUUACCAGGUCGACGCAUUCCAUCUAAUAGCCCUGCUCCCCCAGAUCCAAGCUGCCGCUCUCAUAUGAUACAUGGGAAAGAAAUGUCGUCAUUCGAAGUAGCCAACUCACCUGUUCCAUCCUGUCCAAGUACUCCGACGUCGAUGGCGGUUACAAUGAACCCACCGAGUACAAUUAGUCGAAGCAGACGCUCAUCCGUCAGUACUGUAUUGCCUAAUAUUCCUGGUAGACGAAGUGCCUCUCCGGCACCCUCAAUUCCCCUUCCAGCAGUCAUGCCCAUGGAAGCUUCUCCAAAGACAUAUGCUAUGGGUAUGGGUGUCAGGAACUCAAAUAUUUACGCUAAUGACACUCUCAAGUCGUUCUUCCGACGACUCACAUUUACACCUGACGGUAGCUUGUUAUUAACCCCCGCUGGCCAGUAUCAGUCUCUCGUGAAAGGUGCAGAAGGUACAAAGAAUUCCUAUGAGACCACCAACACCGUAUAUAUAUAUACUAGAGGAGGUAUUAAUAAACCACCAAUUGCACAUCUACCUGGUCACAAGAAACCUUCAAUAGUGGUUAAAUGUUCUCCAAUUUUCUACAAGCAUCGCAAGUCAACACCACCGACCAGACAUAUAAGUAUGGACACUUCCUCCACCGAUGGAAACAUGGCUGCUCUUCCGGAACCUACUACAGCUAUUCCGAAGUCUCCAACUCCUGUCAUGGAGCCACCUCCUCUUGUAGUCCCAGGCGAUGUUGCCGGAUCAAAGCCAUCUUCUGAAUCGACUGCAGAGGAGAUUGGCGACCCCCCCAUGGCUUUUUCAAUACCCUAUCGGAUAAUAUAUGCUGUCGCUACCGAAGAUACGGUGUAUUUAUAUGACACGCAACAGCAAACUCCUCUUUGUGUUGUGUCAAAUCUUCAUUGUGCAACCUUUACGGACUUGAGUUGGUCAAAUGAUGGCUUGAUACUUCUAAUCACUUCUUCAGACGGCUUUUGCUCGACUCUUACGUUCGUACCGGGUGAAUUAGGCGAAAAAUACUCUGGUGAAAUCCCCAACUACAAAAGUCAUCAGUCCAACUCACAGACAACACCUAUGUUGACACCCAUGUCAAUAGCCCCAUUAUCACCCUUCUCGAAUAUUGGUCAUCGUACAAAAGUAACCCCUUCUAUGUCACAAUUAAGCAACCGACCGCGUUCAAAUAGCUCCUGCUCUGUAACUUCACUCCCUCCACUAAUGCAAAGUAGCACCCCUGUAAAUAUGAACAAUAGAGCGUCUAGCUUAGUAGGUCAGACUUCACCAGUAAAUUCCGGACACGAGGUAAAGAAUGGUACAACCAGUCAUAAUGUCAGCCACAAACGAGAUGCUACUGUGCAUGAAACUGAUACACCUCCAGCCUCUGUCGACCGAAGUAAGAAGCAAAAGAGAGUAGUGCCAACCCCUGUUGUUAGUGGCGAAGAUUGA